AGUUACCUAGUUUUAUUCAAUAGAUAAUUCCUACAUAUGUCUGGUAAAGGCAAGGGAGCCGUCCUUGAGGGAAUGCACAAGGAUAAGAAGACUCGUUCCGCCAAGGCAGGUCUGCAAUUCCCUGUUGGUCGAAUUGCACGUUACAUGAAGCACGGCAGAUACGCCAAGCGUGUCGGCGCUGGUGCUCCUGUAUAUCUGGCUGCUGUAUUGGAGUAUUUGGUCGCUGAGAUAUUGGAGUUAGCUGGCAAUGCUGCACGUGACCAUAAGAAGACCAGAAUUAACCCUCGGCAUAUUCAGCUUGCUGUGCGGAACGAUGAUGAGCUCAAUGAGUUCCUCAGUAACGUCACGAUCGCCUCUGGUGGUGUACUGCCAAAUAUUCACACCAGUUUGCUUCCGAAGAAGAGCACUAAGAAGAGCAUGGAAUACUAAGCCAUGUUUCUACUGAAGUUCCUUUUCACCGAUUAAGAUGUAUGCCCGAGCUUCCUCGGCGGUCGAAAAGCCGCUGUUCGACUUUGCAGAAAUACAUUCGUUUCUGCAUAUUCCUGC